AUGGAGUUGCAUCCAUCCCUGAACUGGGUUUUUUCCAUCACCAAUUUACUGCGCACACUGUCAUUCAUGGGCAUGAACAUCUGCCUAGUCCUCUACGAUCGCUGGCAUUCCAUAUGUCUCGAUGCCCGUAUGCAGGAUAUGCGUGACGCACAAAUCCCCGGUACUGGCUACUCUCAGCGCAUCUGGUUUCAUCCCCAGUAUAUCCUGGAACGACUGUGCUUUCCGGUUGCGGGUACUCUAUUCGGCGCUAUCCCGACCCUGCAUGCGGUUUUCUCGCACUUUUGGACUGACCGGCUGUUGUAUCGGGUAAGCAAGAAGCCCAUAUUCAAUGAUGAGGCAUUUAUUACUGUCUAA